AUGGCGUUCGUCCGUCAAGCGCUCCAGCUCCGCCGCCCCAUCCGCGUCUUUGGCGCUCGCUUUGCCCACCAGUAUGCGACGACACAGAUCGGCGCCAGUGGCACGAUCGAGUCGCGCUUGGUCUACCGCGGCAAGGACGGCUCCGUGCUUUCGCCGUGGCACGACAUUCCGCUGCGCCCGGCCGGCUACGAGCACGACACAGCCAUCUUCAACUUUAUCAACGAGAUCCCGCGCGGCGACCGCGCCAAGAUGGAAGUUGCGACCGACGAAGCGCACAACCCAAUCAAGCAGGACGUCAAGAAGGGCAGCUUGCGUUUCUACCACUUUGAUUCGCUCGUCAACUAUGGCUGCAUCCCGCAGACGUGGGAAGACCCCGCGCACGUUGACGAAAGCACGCGCUACGGCGGCGACAAUGACCCGAUCGAUGUGGUCGAAAUUGGGUCGCACGUGGCCGCGACGGGCGACGUGUACCCGGUCAAGGUGCUUGGCGUGCUCGGCAUGAUUGACGAAGACGAGACGGACUGGAAGGUCAUUGCCAUCAACGUGAACGACCCGAUGGCCGCCAAGCUGGACGAUUUGAACGACGUGCUCUUGCAUCUGCCCAACACCGUGCCCUCGAUCCGCACGUGGUUUCGCGACUACAAGCUGCCGGACGGCAAGCCACCGAGCCAGUUUGCCUUUGACGGCAAGGCCAUGGACAAGGCGUUUGCGAUCAGCGUCAUUGAGCAGACGCAUGCGAGCUGGAAGGCGCUCGUGUCGGGCUCGACCACGUCGAGCUUGUGGACCAAAUAAGCGGCCAAGUAAACCCACUUUGGCCAUCCAGUAUAGGUCCCACCUUGCGCCACAGCAAUGCGAUACAUCGGGCUCAUCGUCACGGUGGCGCCGUUGUUUGUCCUUGCGUCAUCAGAGCAGCGUCGAGACGUGGCCGGGCCCUGUGCAGUGGCAAUCACAGUGUACAGGUCGCGACCAAAAGCCAUGGAGCUGUCGAGUUGCUGCGCCGUGUCGGUCGACCACCGCACACAGCUAGGAUGGGAGCUGCCGUCGAGCAGAUGCAGUGAGUGGGCAGCAUGGCGCUCGCCUUUCAAAGGCCAAGUCCAAAUGCUAUCUAUGGUGUUUUACCAUUGUUCCUACAGGACCUAGUACGGUGACGUCUGCAGCGGCUCCUCGGACGAUCUGGCGGCAAAGAAAGACACGACAAUAUACGAAUAAAAUAGCAGCGCAUCGUUCUUUGCAAG